AAAAUUGAAAUACUAGACCGCAGUGUUACCAUUUCUCCUAGUGAUAUCGAAGUGCGAUAGGGCCCGAUAGGUACGGACCAAUAAUCGAUGACAGGACAGGCUCUAAACAAAAGAAAAAAAAUUAAAAUUACGGCAGGAUUGCGAGCGAUAUUCGUUUUAUCCCUUCGCAGCAUCAUUGAGACCCCGGCAAACAAUCUACGGCGUACCGCCAGUCCGGAGUUGCAGUGUUUCCAGCGGAGCCGCAGCAUUGUCUCCUGUCCCACAGCUUUCCCCUCAAAAAAACCAGCCACUCUGCCUUCGCCUUCCCCUCAGCCCCCGUGCACCACCCACGCUGCCACCGCCUCCCAAGGCCUUACCCGCAGACCACGCCCCCCGCCUGCAGCUUGACAGGCUUAAUCAGCAACUAAACAAACGGAAGAGGAAGAGUGACGAAACGCAGCGGCAGCAGUAGCAGCAACUCCUACAGUGAGUAAUCCGGAAGCUGGAGCAGCAAAAGCGUGGAUCCUCAUCCAUCCGUCGGCUAAGCGAUGCAGUAUAGGCCACCAUGGGUUCACAGACCUUGGAGAUUCUGCGCCAGGGCGUGUGGGCCUCGCUGACCGGCGGUUACUUUUACGAUCCGCAUCAGGGUGUCUUCUGCAACGUGGUGCACCUUUACCUGUGGCUCUACCUGCUCUGCUCGCCCUUUGUGGCCUACCUGUACUUUCCGAGCACUUGGUUGACAUGGUGCCUGUACUGCGUGAUAACCAGCUUAACCAUUCUGAUGGUGAAGCUGGCCAAUCUGGCGCUCCACCGGCUCUACGAUCGCGCGCAGACCAUGUCCGAGGUGAACCUCAAGGGGCAGUUCAUCAAGGUCACCAAAGAAACGGAACCGCGCCACGACGACGAGGUCGGCAUAGAGAUGAAGGUCAUCCGACCGGGCGGCUCACGCAUUUCCGUCGAGCAGGCCAUCAAUGAAGCAAGCGAGGAGAACAGCAUCAUGUCCAUUGACAACGUGAACAGCAUUAUUGAUCUCAAGGUCGAUGUGCAUCGCAAGAACAGCUCGGAGUCUAUUGAACUGAUGUUCUACGCGCCAUCCAUGCUCUCCGGCGGCAGCCAGCAGGAUCAACAAUCGCUGGCCGGUUCCGCCAGCGUUAGCAAGUCUAUUCGUAGCACGGGACCGGCCGGAAACUCGUCCACCAGCGCCGCUGCUCAGGCAGACUUGUUCAACAAGUACCUUACCGUCUAUCCAGAGGUUGUCGAGGCGGUUGGAAGCAGUGCGGGUAGCGCAGAUGGAGGUAGCAGUGGUGGCGACAGUAGAUCAGGCGGAGCAGUGAGUACACUGGGACCUGCAGGAGCGGGAACAGCACCAGCCCAGCACGUACGCACUGGACAUCUGUCGCGCAAGUGUUCUGAGGUAUUUAGCCGCCGCCAUCGACGACGUCUGGAACGGCAGAGCAGCUUGGACACAGCGGCAGCCGCUGCAAGCUCCAGCGGGGAGAACAAGUUGAUGCGCAAUCAGUCGGAUACGAUAGCCACAGCGGCACCCUCGUUCCUACACUCUCAGCCAACGAACAAGGCGCGCGGUCAGACCAAUCCGCGUCAGCACUUUAUAACCAGCACCCCAUCGACAGGAAUAGGCGGAGGAGAUGCUUCCUCUUCAUCCACUGCCGUCGUGGUCAUUGCCCCGGCCCCGAACUCUUCGGUGAAUCCAGGACGUUCAUCACGUCUGCAGCGGCACAGAAGCUCGGAGACGCAUGACGAGCGGCUGAAGCACCAGAGUCGUGGUGGACUUUUCCAGCCCAUUCUCCAACUUCCGCACCACAGUGCAGCCAGCAGCAUCGGCGCACUGGCAGUGAUCGGUGGAGGAGGCAGUAGUGCCGCAAACGAUGUGGAAGACAUGGAACUGGGCCUGGUCAGGAAUGCGGGCAGCGGCGGAGUGGCGGAUGCCUGUAGCCGGGCACUGCAGUCCUGGAUAUUAGAUCCCUUUCCGGAUGCGUACCUGGAGGACGAUAGCUACACCAAAUCUGAUCUGGGCAUUGAGCAGCCACAUCAGCCAACUUUCCGCACCCAGCAUCGUCAUCAUCACCACCACCACCACCUGCAUCAUCACCUAGGAGGUGCAAUUAUCCGUAAAGAUCCAACCAGCACAAUGUCUGCACUUCAACUGGCCGGAGCCGCCCAGCCAGGAACGGGAGGAUCGGUAACAGGCGGUAGUGGAGCAGCAGGUGGAGGUGGCUCUACUGCUGGUAUGAAGCGACGCAGACAUUCCAACGCUACGAGCUACAAGCACAGCUCGAGCCAGGGCAACAAAUCGUCCCUGGCGGGCGGAGGAGGCUCCAGAGGCCCGUCUGGAGAGGCAGGAACAUCAGGGGGAGCCGGAGGAACUGGUGGAGUGAGGCGCAUUAAAAGCGCAGCCCUGGAGGUUCUAUGCCCGCAGCCCUCUGUUUCUAAUCUCAGUCCGCACCCUAACAGCGUAGAGGCCAUCUCGGGUCAACAACAGAUGCGGAAUCCUCUGCCACCUCCUAGCAAAAGUCUGGUGCGUAACCAGCACCUUAACCUGUAUCCUACGCAAGGCUAUAGCGACGCAACUCCCUCUGCUGGAGGGGGGCCUGGUAACAGCAGCACAUGCAGCAGUCUGUUUUUCGGCAGCUCCAGCGCGUGCGGUUCCACAACAGCAUUGAUUGAACCUCCAGUUUACCCCAUAGUCGAGCACUCAGACGAGAAGACGGGGCACGAAGAACGCGGUGAUGAGUGCUUGGGAAUAGGACAAGGCAACGCUGACGAUGACGACGAGGUUGACGACGUCCCGAUCCGAAGAAGAACGCGGGCUUUAGGCUGCAGCCAAACGCACUACAGUGUUGAAUCGGAUGUGGGUGGUUUCUUGGCAGACGACGUCGGUGCUGACGAAGAUGUGUUUAAAGAUUUCGACGACAACCUGGAGCACAUUCUUAGUGAGCUGCAACAGACGCAUAAUCAGCUGGAUGACGUCCUUAAGACCCACAAUAUCCAUCACCACCCACAUUUGCACCACCAUCAUAAAGGCGCACCAGUGGAGGCCGCAGGGUCGUCGGGAGGAUCCGUGGCAGCAGGGGUAAGUGCCGGAAAUGAUGACGAAGAUGAGGAAACGGAGGAUAAUAACACGGGAUCGAGGUCUCCAUUGCUCAACGAUCGCAAUCGCCAGCAGGCAACACUGCGAGAGAUUCAAGCUGACAAGCAACUCCGCCAGGAGCUAUCACACCAAUCCGGAGUGGUAAUUCCAGCCCCUAUUGCUCCCGUUCCCAUACGCAGCGAGGCGGACUCUGGCUGCCCUUCAAGUGACUGCGAGCAAGUGAGCGCCAGCUCCAAAGACCAACUGCUGGCGGGAAUAGAGUCGGAGUUGCAGCAGCAUCAGCUCCCGCAAAGAUGUCAACUGGACGAGGAGCAACCAUGCACAUCAAAAAUGGCUGCCAAAAGCCUGGGAGCCAUUCCAAAAGUGGUAAAGUACCGAGAAGUGGAUGAGCUGAGGAGAAGACGCAGAGGAGGUUCCCCGGCGGAUGCGGCCGAGGCUGGAAACGAGUUUGCACUAGUCAAACAGACCAAGCUGGCUUCGCAGAAUUCCUCCUCCUCGAAUUCGACGCACAGCAUCAGCUUGACCGACAUUGACAGCCUGACGGCUGACUUUCACAAGAUGCUCUGGCUGAUGCACAGCGAUGCUGUAGACGACCGGGGCCGAUCCAUCACCGGCACCUUGGCGGACCGCACUCCGAUCCCGGCAAGCAGCAGCCUGGUCCCGCCAAACAUGUCCAACGCACACUUCCAGUUCUACCAGGAUGCCAUUCAAGCGCUCCAGGGCACCCAUCCCACCUCCGGUUCCAGUGUGGAACACAUGACCAACAUUGAGCGGGCGUUGGCUCGGGAUAAGUUGCGCCUGGAUGCCAAAUUGAUGUGCGAGCAGCUGGCUGCGGCGGCGGAGGCCAACUCAGGAGUCCGAGGAAACACACUCGCAACUCAGCAAAUGACGCAGCAGCAUGUGGGCAUGCUAAUGCGCGGAAACUCUAGCUCCCGGCAUCCAUCCAGCGCUCCGUUCUCGGUACAGGGAUUGAUCAAUGUGAUCCGAAACGAGCGCCAGGUAGCCCGCAGCCAAUUGGACGCUUUGCAGCAACUUAGCGAUGCGGCAGCAGCAGUGGCGGCAAAUGCAAGUGAGGCUGCCUCCGUUUCAGCCUCCGGCGCAGGAGGAGGAGCAUCGAGUGGCGGGGGAGGAGUUUUAAGCGCCCUAGGACUGGCGAAUCACCCCAGCAACCAGAUCAGCCAAAUUAGUCAGCUCAGCCAGAUGAGCCAACCCAUGCUGAAUGUGGACGGGCAUUUUGCACCCUACUGCGACUACUGGAGACCCGCGUGCCUUCUUUCCGCUGCAGAAAAGCCAGCGGCUCCUAAAAGUUUUUACAAGUACCGGUUCAAGUGGUGCGGCCAAGAGCACGAGUUCAAGAUUGCCAUGGACCGGCUAGAGCUUCUUGCCCUGUUUGACCGCGAUCUCCACUGGAUGCACGUGCUCCUGGCCAGUCUGCUGUGCACCCUGGUAGCCUGCUUGGGAGCGGCGAUCUUGCAGCACGAUCACUACAAGGAUCUAUGUGCCCUGCUCUUCUGUGCAGUGAUCGCGGGAGCUCAGUACUCGCUAGUAAAAAGUGUGCAACCGGACGCAGCCUCGCCAGUGCACGGAUUCAACAAGACAGUGGCCUACUCGCGGGCUAUAUACUUUUGCCUUGCCGGCGGCAUGCUGUUGCUACUAAAGCGCCUCGAUACGGACUACGGGGAACGGACACCGGAUCCGGUGGUAUUCUUUGGCAUGCGCUACUCGCCCGCCGAUGUGGUUGCCCUCCUUCUGCAGGCGCUCUACAUCUUGCUGCUGUGCUUUCCCAUCAUAUUCUCGGUGGGACUGUGUCCCCAGAUAAACACGUUCCUCAUGUACCUGCUCGAGCAGAUCGACAUGCAUGUCUUUGGCGGAAAUGCUGCUAGCAGUCUGCUAGGCUCCUUUUUGUGCGUUGUCCGGUCAGUGCUUGCUGUAAUGCUGCUUUAUGGACCUCUGUACGGUGCAUUGGACGAGCAGCGCGGAACCCAGUACAUUCUUUUCUCCAUCUUCUGCGCCAUGCUGGUGCCCCUGGGUUACCAUCUGUCUCGAUGUGCCAGCGACUUCAGCCAUCUGUGGCGGCUGAUCAAGACAUGCAUUGUGAGCACGUAUCGUGACGAUGAGGAUGAGGAUCUCAGCCAGAUGCAACAUGUAGCAGCCGGAACAGUUGCCGGAUCAGGGGCUGCCAAUAACACUGCCCUUCAAUUGACCACCAGCACUCCGAAGCAGCACAGGCAAACAGAUUUAAAAACGGAGCCUGAGCAGAUCGAGCUGAGCUCGCUAGAAAAGCUAACCGUCAACGAGGAACAUCAAGAAAAAGAGCACGGAGCGGAUGAUCAACUAGAGACAGAUCAAGAUCUGCCUCUGCAACAAAAGCACAGCAAAUCUAAAACUUCGUCCUUGGGCAGCAGUCAGCAAACCCUGGCUAAGACCAUCAGCAGUAGCAAGAGAGCCAUAACAGCAUCCAGUUCGUGUACCUCCAUUGGAACGGGAGAACCACCGGUGGAAGCUGGAGGGGUGGCCGAGGAGGCGGUGGAUGGUGAGGAUCAACGCAGAGACACACUGGCUGGCGAGGUGGGAAGCAAGCACGAAUUAGUAAAUAACUACGACCAAGCCGCCAAAAUUGAUGAGUCGGAGGACAAGAUCUCCAGCUCAUCUGCCACAAACCCAGGGGACAUGUCUACGUUGACCGCGGGAGCGGGCACAGCCACCACUGAUGCCACACCCGCUUGCCUGGAGGCAGAUCCCGACGCUGAAGCUGAAGCGCCUGCUGACGAAAAGCAACACCAGGGGGUUCUGGGAACGGGACCGGGUACUGGAACUGGAACUACUGAAGCCAGUGACAAUAGCAGUGGUGGCGGCGUUAACGGAAAUGCCAACGACAAUGGGACUGGCAACGACCUUCCCGAUCCCCUACCACGAAAGCUGCAGGCUACAGUAACCACUCGGCUGAAGAACGACUUGGUGGUGAUGACCCUGCUGGCGGUCAGUGUACUGGGUUUGCACUCCAGCACCGUGUUCACCGCCCUACAGCCGGAUCUUAACGUGGUUCUCUACUCGUUCAUCGGCGUGCUUGGACUUCUGCUGCACUACAUUGUGCCGCAGAUGAGGAAACACAUGCCCUGGCUUUGUUUUGCUCGUCCGUUGCUCCGGCAGCGUGAGUUUGGCCAGUUUGAGGUGCUCAACGCCCCCAAGAUCAUGUGGUUCGAAAAGCUUUACAUUUACCUCAGUGUCUUGGAGCGGAACGUGCUCUUUCCCCUGCUAGCCAUUUCCUCUCUAACGGCGGACUCGCAGUUGAUUGUGGCUAAGUUUGGAUUGGCCUGGGGCACCCUCAUCGUAGCGAUCUGCGCUCUAAAGUUUGUAAGGAACGCUUACUCGGAUCCGACCAACCAGUACCUGAUCAUAAUUUUUACGGUUUUGCUAUUCCGCAUCGACUUCGCCAUGGCCACAGAGACCUUCAUCAUUGACUAUUUCUUUGUGUCGCUGGCCUUUCGCAAGUGCUGUGACUUCCUGCUUAAGCUGCAAUUUAUUGUGACAUACAUCGCUCCGUGGCAAAUAACUUGGGGAUCCGCCUUCCACGCCUUCGCCCAGCCAUUUAGUGUACCGCACUCGGCAAUGCUCUUCCUGCAGGCGGGCAUCUCCGCAGUGCUCUCCACUCCGUUAAAUCCGUUUUUGGGCAGCGCCAUCUUCCUCACGUCGUAUGUGCGUCCAAUUAAGUUCUGGGAGCGGGACUAUAACACGCGCCGGAUAGACCACUCAAAUACGCGGCUCAGCUCGCAGCUGGAGCGGGAUUUGGGUGCGGACGAUAACAACCUUAACAGCAUCUUCUAUGAGCACUUAACCCGCUCUCUGCAGCACUCUCUGUGCGGCGAUCUCCUGAUGGGUCGCUGGGGAAAUGUCAACCAAGGAGAUUGCUUUGUUCUUGCCUCGGACGACCUCAACUGUUUGGUUCACAUCAUUGAGCUAGGCAAUGGAUUGUGCACAUUUCAGAUGCGCGGCUUGGAGUUCCGCGGCACCUAUUGCCAGCAACGCGAGGUGGAGGCCAUCACCGAGGACGUAGAGGACAAUGACGGAUGCUGCUGCUGCGAUCCAGGCCACCUGCCCCGAUUGCUCAGCGCCAACGCCAUGUUCUCCACCCGCUGGCUGGCCUGGCAGGUGGUCGCAGCCCAGUAUGUCAUCGAGGGCUACUCCAUAUCAGACAAUUUAGCCAGCGCCACGCUUCAAGUGUUUGAGUACCGAAAGGUGCUCAUAACCUACUACAUUAAGAGCAUCAUCUAUUAUGUUGUAAAGAAUCCCAAGCUUGAGCAGUGGCUUGCCUCCGGUCCCAUACAGGAUGCCCUUCAGCAUACGCUAAGUCGACAGUUCGUUGACCUAGAUCCCAUUUUCAAUUUCAAUUUAGACGAAGACUUUGAUUUUCGGGCAGUAGGCAUCACGCGUUCCAGUUUUUGCUACGUGUACCUCAAAUGGAUCAAUUACUGUGUGGAUAAGCGCCGGGAUGCUACCUCUAUGGGAGGCGCCCCACCAGCCCAAGCACCAGCAUCUGCUGGAGGAGCAUCGUCCGCCCCGGCAACGGCUGCUGUUGCUCCGCCACCACCGGUUACUCCCGCCCACAAUGAUUCGAAGAGCACUCCCAAUCUCUCGGCGCACGGUGGACCGGCUGGUCCGGCUUCAGGUCAGUCCAAGUCACAGUCUCAACAGCAGCUGCGCCGUCCACAAAAGAGUGUUGCCCAAGAAACCAGCGGAGGCGGAGGAGGUGCAGUUGUCGGAGGGAGUACUGCCGCUGGCACAGGAGGAGUGACCGGUGGAGGUGGAGAUCCACAGCUGAGCGGCUCGCAUAGCUUUGCUAAUAUAUCGCGGCAAACAUCGGAGAGUGCUCCCGGACUAGGUGGCUACGUAGCGUAUAUGGAUCAAAAUGUUUUCGUGAAGCUCGCAAAGAGUAGCACCACCACAGGAGCAGGAGCCGGAGCUCCAACUAGCCGGAAAGAAAGUCAGGAAAAGCCCGCAAUUCGUCUGAAACUAGCUAGCGUGGGCAAAGAUGCACCACUCGUGUCCCUGUGCCUGGCCCUGGGCCUUUUGGCCAGGCGAUCACUGGCCACGGCCUCGCACAGCUCGAUGACCGGUGUGGAGUUCUUUCUGCACGGUUUACAUGCUCUGUUCAAAGGAGAUUUCCGGAUCACAUCGCCGCGCGACGAAUGGGUCUUUGCGGACAUGGAGCUACUUCAUUCCGUUGUGGCACCGGCGGUUAAGAUGGCCCUUAAGCUGCAGCAGGACCACAUUACCAAUCCCGAUGAGUUCCUGGAUCCUCAUGCCCUGUACGAUGCCAUUGACAACUGUUCUAACGAGUUGGUAAUUUCGCAUGAGGCUGAUCCCGUUUGGCGAAGUGCUGUACUACGAGGAGCACCCAAUCUUCUUGCCUUGAGGCACGUAAUGGAGGAUGGCUCGGAUGAGUACCGCAUUAUCCGGCUGACAAAGAGGUGCCUGAGCUUCAGGGUAAUCAAGCUUAACAGAGAGUGCGUCCGUGGCUUGUGGGCAGGACAGCAGCAGGAGCUGAUCUACCUGAGGAAUAGAAACCCGGAGCGCGGAAGCAUCCAGAAUGCCAAGCAAGCGCUGCGCAACAUCAUCAACUCCAGCUGCGAUCAGCCCAUUGGGUAUCCCAUCUACGUGUCUCCACUCACAACUUCAUAUGCGGAUACAAAUGCGCAACUGUGCGAAGUGAUUGGCGGCGCCAUCACACUGGACACCAUUCGGCAUACAGUGCUGGGAUGGUGGCACCGUAUACGAGAGCGCUGUCGCCAGGGAUGCAGUUCGGGAUCUGCUCUAGAACCGCAUCCGGGAUCGGGACCCGUCCAACUGGGUGCCUGUAACUUUGGCAGCGGUGGCAGCGUCGUUGGAGCCGCAUCCACGGCUACGGGAGUGGGUGCCUCGACAGGAUCUGGUUUGGGAGUAGCCCCUCCCGGCACCGCUGGCAGCACGGGAGGCGAGUCCGGAGACCUAGCUCCCGUUUUCAUUUCUGCUCCUCUCUACAACACCCUUACGGUUAAUAGUUACUACAGCGUGCGUCCGGGAAAUGUUCCCGGAGGACCCAUUCCCGCCAAUCUGGGCGGUAGCUAUGUGAGCGACAGUUUGGCGGUGGUGCGUGGAGGUCUGGCAGUGAUGCCUGUGAAACCCACCUCCACAACACUGAUUGCCGGACUGCUGAACAGAGAACGGGAUCAGGAAACUUCUGGAUCUGGAGUGGUUGGAGCAGGAGCCAGUGGGGCCACCAGAGCAACGAGUAGUGGCGGAGUGCGCAGUCGAAGACCUGAAGUCGGCAGCAGUAGAGGUAGAGAUCAUGAACGCAGAGCCACUUUGCCCAUCGCGAGCGGUGGAGCCGGUGGUGAGCCAGGAAAGGAUCUUACCGCGCCUCAAACCCAAGUGGAACAUGAACCAAGCCCGCGCAGCACAAAGCUCUCCUCUUCUUCAGGCAGCCUCGGUCUUGGAAUGGGCGUGGGCCUUGGCAACAUUAUCACAACGCCAGGAGAUUAUCCGAGGAAAACCAAGGGACCCAUUUGCCUCACCGCCGUUGAAACAGGAACUAGUAAUUCAGCGGCAGAGGGAAAGCCCGCAGGAUCGGGAACAGUUGCUGGAACUGGAGGAGGUGGAGUUAUCAGGAAGCCGCGCAUUGAGAUCUUCAAAAAGGUUAUAAUUGUGGAUGACACUGGGAUUUACGAUUGCCUGGACAUCAUAGAUGCUGUUGUGUGGCCAACUGAACGAAUGCGCAACAAUGGUGGCAGGCUGUCCUGGAAGGACUGGGAGCCGAGUGCCGGUAUGGUGGGCCAUGUCGUCCACUGCUGGACGCCCAACCAUAAGGACAUUCGCUUUCGUUCACAUGUCAACCGCUAUGUUUACCUCGUGGAGAUCGGUGACCACUAUGUGCCAGUAGAGGAGCUGGGUCUAAGGGAAUACAAUCAGAUCAUGGGCAGCACCGAGGAGAUGGCCAAUUCGCGACGAAGCUCCAUUCAGCGCGAUUUCCACGAGUACAACAUUCCGGUAAAGCUGGCUGGCCUUGCUCCAAUUAUAGGAGGCGGCGAGUCCUCCACGGCAACUACCAGCGAUGCCUCUAAAUCACACAAGGCGAUGAUCCGAGCGGUAAGCAGCAGCAGUUCCGAGGACGAGGAUACGUCGUCCACGCGCUCCAUUCCAUUACCACAGGGCGAACAUGGCGACUUGACGAACUUCACCAGGCUGGUGAGCAUGUGGAAGGAAAUCAUUUUGGACAAUAACAAGAGAAGACUCUACGAUAUGGGUGAGUUGUCCCCAGAGCUGCUUCAAAAACUGGAUGAUGCCGUUCAGCAGCAGCAACAGGAAGAUGCGCCGGCUGAGAAGACGAAGGAAAUGGACACAGCCACAGUCACUGCCAACGAAGGUGAAGAGGGGGCAAGAGAAAUGGAAAUUGAGCCAGAGCAGGAAGAGAAAGCAGUAGUGUUUCUCGAGGAGCAAGCGCCGCUGGAAGAGGUGACCGUUUCGAAGCCCGAGGAACAGCCUGCUCCGCCAACGCCUCCGUCUAGUCCCGUCCCUGCUGAGACCAGCUCCACUUCCAGUGCCAAAUCCCCAAGUUCCCCUUCAUUUUGCCAGGAAGAGGACGCAGUGAAUCCAGAGGAGACGCCCGAAUUGAUCUCCGAGGAGUCCCCAAGCGAUGAGAAUGGCGAAAGCGAGACGCGGACAACGGUCUAACAGGAUCACAUAUAUUUGCAUUUGUUUGCCAAGCAAACACCCUAAGGGCAGGGACUGACAUUCAGGCGGACAUGGACACAACCUUGUAAUACAUAUCAGCAAAGAGCAGAAAUAUGGAGAUUGAAUUGGCAGAGAGGAGACAACCUUGCCCCGGGCUUCCGCAUUGUACGCCUUUUCCAUGGGUGUGGCCCAUAUCCGAGCACCGUUCCUGGCCAGAAAAACAAACAAACAACAACAAAUGAGAACACUUCCAAGAAAUCAAAGUAAUGUUUAUAAAACGACUGCGUUUAGUGUAUGCAUAGGAAUUAGGAGCAAACUACAAUAAUUCAGACAAAAACAAACAAAAAACACACGAAUUCAAUUUUUAGUAUUAAUACAAAGUUAUAGGUUAUACUCGGUAUAUAGGAAAAAGAGCGCAAAUCGAGAGCAGGAUAU